GUGAUUUCACGAAAAUUAUACAUAUCUACGUAUAAAUUUUAUCUUGAAUUACAAUCGCGUUUUGAUAAAUUACAUCUUGAUAUAUCGGAUAUAUAAAUUAAUAUAUAGUUUCUUUUUAUUAUUUUCGAACAGCUGUUUUGUACAUAUGACGAGUCCAUGUUUACCAAUGUAGAUAUAUUAAUGAAGUAGUCUACAUUAUAUAUUGAUUUCCGGAUAUCAUCUAUCUACUCAUCGUAAUCGAAACCAUAGACAGACAACAUGCAUCGAUCCGGAAGAAUGAUAUCGGCGCAGGUCUAUUCCAAUGUGUUCUGAUAUCUCAUGUUUUGUCCUACGUAACUAUGACUACUAUAAAAGCUAAGAAAAGUCGUACUCGCGGACAAACACGACUGUAAAAGGGACACUCGACACAAGUGGACGAUUUCUCAUUUGAACAUCAAAGACAAUUUCAGCGAAAUGAAUGACAAAGAUGACAGUGCUUGGGUAUUCGAUUCCUUGAUUGGAUUUCUACAGGGCCCUAUAUGGUCAUCGCCUUUACUGACAUUCAUCGAGGAAAAGUCCCUCGUUUUCGAGGCAAACACCGAAGAUUGCGAAGAGUAUCGGAAAAUAUAUCAAGAAUAUAAAAAUUUAGUUGAUUUGCUACUGGGUUGUUUUAUGGAAGAUAUGAGUAUCUCACCGGAACAAUUUGAAUAUGCGUGCACUGUUAACAAAGACACGAAGAUUCCAAUACAAUUUCAACAAAACUUGUUUGAGCAAAUAUGGGCGGCGAAUGAAUACGAGAUAUUCAAAAGAAUGAUGAUACAAAAAAACUUGGAACUUCAAUUACAAGCAUUAAAUAUGAUCGAGCAAAGAUACGGUCUCACACCUGCCUCCCUCAUGUAUGAGGAUGGCUUUAUUGACGAUGAAUUGGUCAUGGAAGACUUGAUAACUAAACAAGUUUUGGAAGAUCAGAGGAAAGAAGAAGCAGGUAUAUCGCCUGAAAAAACAUUGAUUGCCGAACAUGAGCGUUUGGCGGCCGAAUAUCACAAUGAAAGAGCGUUAUUAGAAGAAGCGCUAAGAAAGUCGAAAAAUGCUUCCAGGAAUACUUCGGAUGACGAAUCCGCGGAAGAGAUUAAACAUGCCACUGCGUCCGUUGAGGAAGAAUCGUCAGAGAAAUUUCAUGAACUUAAAAAGACCGAGCCCCUAAAACCAAUACCGAUUUCAAAAAAGAGAUCCGAUGAAGAUGAGAUGAAUCCGGAAGAUAUUAAAAAGAGGCAGGAUUAUCUAAAAGCCAGACGAGAUAAACUUGUAGCUUUGAAAAAGGAAGCUAGAAGUCAGCAGUUAGAAAUGAAUAAAACCCGGCCGAGCUCGGCUAGAGUAGUUGCCGAAGCGAGUAUGAAAGGGCAGCAAGAACUGGAAGCAGCACAAACUUUAGAUCCUUCAAUACUUCAAGUACGAAGGGCUCUUGCAGCUCGAUUAAAAGCUGAAGUUGUGCAUAAGUAAAGUUAAUUUUUCUGCCUUAUAUUGCUUAUUCAUGAUAUUAAUUAUAGAUAUAUAUACGUCUUAAACUCUCAAUUCCAGUAAAGUGCUUCACAUAAAUGCUAAUUGUGAUAUCUUGCGACAAAAUAGUAUACGUUGUUGAGAAAUGUGUUAUCGAAUGAUACGUAUCAGAGUUUUCCGAGAAACGUAUAUACAAUGUACGAAAAAUUGUAAGAUACUUUGAUGUAUCUACGUUUCAUUGCUUUAAAAGAAUAUCUUUAUUUAUGUAAUAAUAUCUUUCAUAAAAAAAAACAAAAACAAAAGGGUAAAUUUGCAAUCAUACACAUCCGCCUAUAUAUAUUAUAUUUUAUCUAAUUGAAGGUUUAAUUUAACAAAAUUAAUUAAAAAAUAUAUUAUUUUUAG